AACUGCAAGAGAGAUUCCCCACCCCACCCCACCCCCGCCGAGAAAACGAAAGGGGAAAAGGGAGCGUAAAUACUACGCAUGAUCUAAAAUCCGAAUUCAAUUGUGCUUUGAUCUCGAAUCAGAUUGGUUCCAAUGGAUUCCGUUUCGGGUAACGGCAGUGGUGAUUUCCCACCGGAAACUUCAGCUUCUGUGCUAAAGGAUCGCCGGACCGAUGCUCUCGGCGACCUCCGCGUACUUCCCGAUGAAAUCCUCUGUACCAUAUUGACGAGGCUCACCCCUCGCGAUGUCGCCCGCCUCUCUUGCGCAAGCAGCGUUAUGUAUAUAUUAUGCAAUGAGGAGCCUCUCUGGAUGAGCCUAUGCCUUAGCAUCGUAAAUCGCCAGCUUGAGUACAAAGGCUCUUGGAAGAAAACAGCCUUGCAUCAACUAGAUGUGCUCGACAUGUAUACUGAAGCUUGCAAAAGAACGUUGCAGUUUGACGGAUUCAAUUCGCUGUUCCUCUAUAGGAGGUUAUACAGAUGUUAUACCUCGUUGAAUGGAUUCUCUUUUGACGAUGGUAAUGUUGAGAGAAGGGAGAACAUCUCUUUGGAAGAGUUCCGUAAGGAUUAUGAUGGUCAAAAACCGGUUUUGAUUGAUGGGUUGACUGAUAAGUGGCCGGCAAGGAAAUCAUGGACAAGUGAACAGCUCGCAUUGAAGUAUUCAGAUACAAAGUUUAGAAUAUCACAAAGGAGUUCGAAGAAAGUCAAUAUGAAGUUUAAGGAUUAUAUUUCUUACAUUCAAAUCCAACACGACGAAGAUCCUCUCUACAUUUUCGAUGACAAGUUCGCGGAGGCUGCACCAGAUUUGUUGAAGGAUUACAGUGUACCCUAUCUAUUUCAAGAAGACUAUUUUGAUGUACUGGAUAUCGAUCAACGACCGCCUUUUAGAUGGCUUAUAAUUGGACCAGAAAGAUCUGGGGCAUCGUGGCAUGUAGAUCCAGGCCUGACUAGUGCAUGGAAUACACUCCUCUCUGGUCGUAAAAGGUGGGCAUUGUAUCCUCCAGGAAGAGUACCUUUAGGAGUGACAGUACAUGUAAACGAAGAUGACGGUGAUGUCAAUAUCGAAACUCCAUCAUCUUUGCAGUGGUGGCUGGAUUUCUAUCCCCUUCUUGCUGACCAUGACAAGCCGAUAGAGUGUACCCAACUUCCCGGUGAAACAAUAUAUGUUCCAAGUGGGUGGUGGCACUGUGUAUUGAAUCUGGAGACAACAAUUGCUGUCACACAAAAUUUUGUCAACUCCAAAAACUUCGAAUAUGUGUGUUUGGACAUGGCUCCUGGUUUCCAUCAUAAAGGCAUUUGCCGCGCUGGAUUGCUUGCUCUUGAUGAUGGUGGAUUUGAGCAUAUUGAAAAGAAUUCCUUGUCCCACGAGAAUAGUUCAAACUACUCUGACCACACGAGGAAAGAGAAGAGAGUGAGGACAUGCCAGUCUGUAGAGAAUACAGACAAUGGGAAUUGUACAGACAUGUCUUCAUGUGAUAGUUUGGGAGAUUUGGAAUAUUCCUAUGAUGUAAAUUUCCUAGCAAUGUUUCUGGAUAAUGAAAGAGACCAUUAUAGUUCUUUGUGGAGCUCUGGCAACUGCAUAGGACAGCGAGAAUUUAGAGAUUGGUUAUGGAAGCUCUGGGUUGGAAGACCAGGAAUUAGAGAUCUAAUAUGGAAGGGAGCCUGUCUUGCACUCAAUGCUGGAAAAUGGUAUGAACGUGUGAAAGAAAUUUGUGCCUUUUAUGACUUCCCCUCACCGCCGCAGGACGAAAAACUUCCUGUUGGCACGGGCAGCAAUCCUGUUUAUCUCAUGGAUGACUGUGUGACAAAAAUAUUUGUUGAAGGAGGGCUGGAAGCUUCUCUCUAUGGUUUAGGCACUGAGCUUGAGUUCCACCAUCUACUAAAUAACUCUACCUCCUCUUUGAAGAAUUACAUCCCAUCUGUAUUGGCAAGUGGCAUCCUCGUUUUUGAGAAUGGGUCAUACAGAGUAAUACCGUGGGAUGGUAGAGGCAUACCGGAGGUAAUUGCCAGCAGCAAUCUCAUAACACCACUACACAAAGAAGUUGACUAUCCAUUUGGUGUUUGGGGAAAAAAACAAUUUGAAUAUCAAAUAGCCGGGACACCAUCACAUGAAUCGGCAAAUUGUGGUAAAAGCUCUUCAAUGUGGCCGUAUAUUGUGACAAAAAGAUGCAGGGGAAAAAUAUUUGCUGAACUAAGAGAUAACCUUUCAUCAAAAGAUGCACUCAAUUUGGCUUCGUUUUUGGGCGAGCAACUGCAUAAUCUUCACCUUUUGCCUGUGCCCUCUCCAUCUCCCAAUCACUCAAUUCCAAUGGUCAUAGGAGAUUGUACAGAGUCGUUACAAGGUAAUGGGUUUUCAAAAAAUACUGACAAUCCAGCAGAAUCGGAGUUAUUUGUCAGAAUUCUGAACAGGAGAAGGAGCAAUGUUACGAAGCGUUUGUCUGAAUGGGGCGAUCCAAUUCCUAGCAAACUGAUAGAGAAAGUUAAUGAAUACAUCCCUGAUGACUUAUCCGUAUUUUUCGACAUUUUUAAGAAUGAGACAGAAGUUUGCAGAUCUCUCACUUGGAUACACUCUGAUGUAAUGGACGACAAUAUCUACAUGACAGAGAACAAUAUUUCCGAUUCUUGUAUGGAAGAAAACAUGCGCGUGACAAGACCUGACAUCAGCAAUGGACAAGAGCAUUCGUGGCAUCCUAGUCACAUCCUUGAUUUUAGUGAUCUGACAUUAGGGGAACCCAUACUCGACCUAAUUCCAAUACAUCUUGAUGUCUUCCGAGGAGAUUCUCGUCUCUUGAAACAGUUUCUUGAUAGUUACAAAAUUCCGUUUUUGAGAAAAGAAUCACUGAAAGACGAGGCACAGGGUAAUAGAUCUGAUCAACUCUCCUACCGGAUAAUGUGUUACUGUAUAUUAUACGACGAGAACGUCCUAGGAGCGAUAUUCAGCCUGUGGAAAGAAUUAAGGACAGCAACAACAUGGGAGGAAGUUGAGGAAAAAGUUUGGGGUGAUCUAAACAACUAUGCAGGCUUCUCUUGAUCACUCUCUUUGUCGAUAAACCCAUUUGUUAUUUAAGAACGUGUCAAAUAAAUACAUUUUUUAGGUCAUGUAUCAAAUGCGCAAGUACGGCUUCAACUAUACUUAUAAUUUUCUUCGUGUUUGUCAAUUGUUCAUGUCAAUUUAUUUAUCGACUGUACGUGCUACUGAAUAUUCUUUUGAUCGACGAGUUCGAUAAAUUGUUUGUUCUAACACGAACAUGUAUUCAAUGAAUGUGCAAUGUAUGAGCUGUUGCCA